AAGGCCCUACCCUACGUCUUGCCUAUCAGACAGCAGAGAGGGCUAACGCUCCACGACAUCUGUAUUGACGUAGAGAGUUGGAAUGUGAAGCAUGGCUGUGGAAGGCGAAAAGAAACCAGUCCUGGAGAUGGUCCAGGCUGAUGGGGCUGACGAGGGCUGUGUGACGUUUGUGCUGCACGAUGAAGACCAUACGCUGGGCAACUCCCUCCGAUAUAUGAUCAUGAAGACUGUGGAUGUGGAUUUUUGUGGCUACACCAUCACCCAUCCGUCUGAGAGCAAGAUCAACUUUCGCAUUCAGACACGAGGGGGGAUUCCAGCAACCGAGCCGCUGCGGAGAGGCCUGAAUGACCUCACUGAUGUCUGUCAACAUGUUCUCAACACCUUUCAAGCGAGAGUUAAUGAGUUCAAAGAGAGGCAGGAGCAGCCCAUGGAGUGAAGAGCAUUGCAUAUGUGUGACUAUGAAGCUGUCACACAGUUUCUACAGACCUAUGUCCCUUUUUAUAUAUCUAUAAGGUAGUAUGAAAAGUUCUCCUCAAAAUAGUUUGAUCUUGUCAUAUUUAAACAUUUGUACAGUUUUCAUUUUUUGUAUUAUGUUGGGAUUGAUGCAUGAUGUGUCAUUGUGUAUCAUUCCUGUGUUCAUCAGUCCUGGAUUUUUGGAAUGAUUAGUGUAAUAAAUGUAAGACAUUAAACUUAGUCAACAAAGA